GAGGUGUCGGCUUCGAGAGGUCGUGGAUCUUCUACUUCCGAACUUGCAAUAAACAGCAGCCAGCAGCAAGGCGCAGUGGUUCAACAAGGUGCGGAAGCUCGAAGCGGAGGUGACGGUGCACCAGAAGAUGGAGCCUCACCAACACUGAAGCGGGGGUCGCCAGGUGGUGGAGACACGCGUACCAAGCCCACGACUAGCUCGACGGAGCAGAUGGAUAACCUGUCCACAGCAUCGGUCCACCAACCCUCGUCGGAGGCGGACAUUUCCUUUCUGUCGAAUGCCAGUUUACGGGGUCGUGGCGGGACAA